UUUCUUGUUUGUUCCGUUGGGGACGUUUUUCAUGACGUUUUUGUGUCAUGCAAUGAGGGUGUAAAAUAGUAAAAAAUAGUGUUAAAAUGUUUAAAAUAAAUAAAAAUCAAUUAAAAUCUUUCACCCGGACAUUGCUACACACUCGCCUGCUGCAUGCCGCACCGCACGCAUCCAAUGUAUAUGACGUUUUAAUUAUUGGCGGUGGUCAUGCUGGCUGUGAGGCUGCGGCAGCUUCUGCUCGCAUGGGAGCACGUACGGCUUUGGUAACCCAUAAAAAGGAGACUGUCGGCGAAAUGUCAUGUAACCCCUCAUUUGGUGGCAUCGGCAAGGGUCAUUUAAUGCGUGAGAUAGAUGCUUUGGGCGGUGUAUGCGGACGUAUGUGUGACAAAUCUGGAGUGCAAUAUAAAAUCUUAAAUCGCCGGCGUGGUCCGGCGGUAUGGGGUCCAAGGGCUCAAAUCGACCGUAAACUCUAUAAGAAGGCCAUACAGGAAGAGUUGUUCAACAUGAGGAACCUGGAUGUGCAAUGUGCUGCGGUGGAUGAUUUGUUAAUAGAGGCAACUGAUGGUGGUAAAUCCCAGCAAUGCAAAGGUGUUAUUCUACAAAAUGGUGAGGUGAUACGAAGUAAUGCAGUGGUCCUAACCACCGGUACUUUUCUGAGGGCCCACAUAAAUUUUGGUUUGGAAGUAAAACCGGCCGGUAGGAUGGGUGAUGCCCCCGCCAUGGCCUUGGGCCAAAGUAUAGAAAAUCUGGGAUUUUUAAUGGGCAGACUGAAGACUGGAACACCCCCCAGAUUGGCCAAAGAUAGCAUAGACUACAAAAGAUUGGUAAAACAUUUGGGCGACGACCCACCCACACCAUUUUCAUUUAUGAACGAUGAAGUUUGGAUAAAGGCCUCCGAGCAAUUGCCCUGUUAUUUGACAUAUACCACGCUGAACGUGAAUAGAAUUGUUAAGGAUAAUUUACACGUAAAUCGUCAUGUUACCGAGGAAAUUACCGGACCACGUUAUUGUCCCUCUAUAGAAUCAAAGGUUUUGAGAUUUGGUGAGAAACAACAUCAGGUGUGGUUGGAACCUGAGGGUUUUGACAGUGAUUUAAUAUAUCCCCAAGGCCUGUCAUGUACCUUGCCCUACGAACAACAAGUUGCAUUGGUUCACAGCAUAGAGGGACUGGAAAAUGCUCAGGUGGUGCAACCGGGUUAUGGUGUGGAAUAUGACUUCAUUGAUCCACGAGAACUUUUCCCAAGUUUGGAAACCAAACGUGUAAAAAAUCUCUACUUUGCGGGACAAAUUAAUGGCACAACGGGGUAUGAAGAGGCGGCUGCCCAGGGCAUUAUUGCUGGGGCCAAUGCAGCAGCAAAGACAGUGCGUUGCCACCAAGAAGCAGAGGCGGAACAACUUGCAAUCAGUCGAACCGAGGCUUAUAUUGGUGUUCUGAUUGAUGACCUUACCAGUUUGGGUACCAACGAACCAUAUCGCAUGUUCACCAGUCGAGCUGAAUUCCGGCUAACUCUGCGACCCGAUAAUGCAGAUAUGCGUCUCACAGAAAAGGGCUAUAAAUUUGGUUUGGUUACCCAAGAGCAAUAUGACCGUUAUAUCAAAACCAAAACUGAAUUGGAUAAUGCCAAGGAAUUGUUGAGAAGCAUAAAGAAACACACCAACUAUUGGCGUGAGGCCUUGGGUGGAGUAAAAUCCAAAACAUCAGUAGAAAAAACUGCCUUUGAUAUGUUGGGUAUACCAGCCGAUAAUGUGACAUUAGAUAAACUUAUAUCACUAAUGCCCAAUGAAUUGGGUCACCUAAGGGAGCAACGUUUACUGGGUGAACGAAUAAAAAUCGAGGCCCUAUAUUCACAUUUUGUCGAGGAACAAUUUAAAGAUGUCGAAGAAGUGAGACGUGAAGAAAGUCUUGUUAUACCCAAAGAUAUAGAUUAUUUUGCGAAAAGUCUUAGCCUGUCGAAUGAAGAACGUCAAAAACUGACCUUGAUCCAGCCUCAGACAAUAGCGGCGGCAAGUCGUAUACAAGGUGUUACACCAUCCACAAUUGUAAGACUUCUGAAAUAUGUAAAACGUCUGGACGAACCUAAACAGCCACAAAAAACUAGCGCAGUCCUCAGUUGAUGCAGGAGGAAUAUGUUACGGUGUUCUUAGCGAAUUAGUUGUAUAUAAAAGUUGGUUAUAUAGAAUAAAUUGAGAAUAAUACAAUACAAUUGUAGAUUAA